CGUAGGUAAACCAUGCUUGUACUGCUACGCAGCUUUGUCAUUUUCAGAUGAAAGGGGCAGCACUUUAGCUUUGGCCUUUCAGGGCUUGAAGUUGCUGGCAAAUGAACAGGAAUUCAUGAGAAGUGAGGACAGAGAGUGAAAGAAAGAAGUGGGGAAACUUUGUUGUGCACGAGUCUUGCGGCGUGCAUCGUUCUUGCAAAAAAGGGAAGCCCAUUCCAUUUACUGGCUUUGAAGGAACCAAACCCAAUUGGUGACAAAGAAGAAACAUUGGGUUUUUAUUCUAAUGGAUUCUUUGAAACCAGUCUUCAUAGACAGCAAUCUGGGCACCCAUUUGGCCAUCAUUGUUUCACCAAAUGAUUCAGUGGGCAAUCUCAAAAGUAAGUGUAGAUUGCCAGUAAUUUAGAGAGAGAAAUUCUCUUGUUGGAGAGAAAGCCAUUGCCCAUGUCAUAUGAAAAUUCUGUUUUUGGGGGAUGAUGUGUUGCCCAUGUCCUUCGUUUCCUGGUUCCCUUCAUUUAUUUUUUGUUGAAAGUUAGCGGCUGUGCUGAUUCACACACAUGUACAUAGAUAGACAAAGACAGAGGCUUUUCUAAUUAGAUUGUUUUAUACUUUUUUAUUGAUGGGUUUAGCUGUAUUUAAAUAAACAGGAGCGAUUAGAUUGUUUAGAAAUGCUGAUAUAAAGGUUAUUUGCUUUUUGAGUAGUUUUUAACUGUUGGGUAUUUUCUUUCAAUUUAUUUAUGUUUGGCCAUUGGUGCAUGUUAGAAGCCAGUCAAGGUUGGGUUUCUGUGUUUGUUUCAUCACAUAUCCUGGGGAAUUUUACAUGGCAUCUUGAGCUGAAAUGGGCAAUAUACAUUCACAUUUUUUCAAGUUUUAAAUUAGACAUUCGCCCCACCAGGUUAUGGGGUUGUGCCUAAAGUUAUUAUCGGUAAGCAAAAUGCUUUUUUGUCGGUAGCAUUCAAUCCUUCGAAUUGUGAUCCUAUACACUGUUUACCAAUAUUGAUCUUUUUUCUCUCUUUUCUUACUUGCGUCAUGCCAAUGAGUGCAAUAGGAACCUAUUGGUUCAGUUGAAAACUUUGUUGCAUGGUAGGCUGGGUUGUUUAAAACCUGAGGAUUGAGAAGAAAGUCUGAAAAUUCAUACACUAGACUAUGGCAUUCCCCCUUCUAUUAUCUUUACUUGUCUACUGUUAUGGAUGACAUGGGAAAUUGUUUGCAAUAGGUUUCAUAGCAAGCAAUGAUAUCUUUUGUAUGGUCCAUAUUGAAGCUUCAAAUUCCCAAAGUAAACUUUGUUAAUGUCAAGAAGGGGAUGCUAAUUAGAGCAAACAAAAGGAAAAAUUUUGUUUUUUUUUUUUGUUUUGCCUCAGUUUCUUUUGAGGGUGCAGCAUCAAGGAUGCUCCACCACCAUCACCCAGAGUGAACUGUUUGGUGGGGGAGGUAAUUAUUCCAUUUUUAUUUUCUCCAAUAGUAAACUCUUAACAGUUGUUGCAUUUGACUUGAUGGCCAGACAGGAUUGAUUCUCGAUGUUUUAUAGUCAAUGAAGUAGGACAGCAAUGGGUUACCUCUUAUUGACCUGUUCUUUAGUGGGAUAUAUUUGGAUUUUGGAACGCCUUCCUGUAUAUUUUAGCAGAAGGUGGGUGAUGCUAGUGUUUGGAGCGGUAGUCCUGGAUGCUGGUUAACUGUGCCUUUUUUCACGAGAAAACAUAUUAUUUGAAAAUGUCUCCUUUAUUCACUCUUACAUAUUAUUUGAAACUGUCUCCUUUAUUCACUCUUCUAUGGAGCACUGAUAGUGCUGAAAUCAUAUAUUCAGAGGCAUACUCUAGUUUAUGAUAAAUCAGUGUGUCAAGGAUUCCAUGAAUUUGUGGGCUCUUGCCAAUGAGAGUUUUGUGGAAUCAGGCGAAGAUGAAUGAGUUUGAUGAAUUAUGUUAUUGUCUAUGAAAGUAAUUAUGGGCAUCAAUUUCAAUUCCAUAGCAGCAUAGGAGUUUGUGUGUUUGUUUGUUAGAAGCUUUUCUGUGCGGUUUCUCCAUUUAACUGCAUUUACAUCUGAAGAGUAUUUCGUAAAAAAGUCCUUAGAUGUCAAUGUGAUCCAAUUUUACAUUGUAUAUAAUACUUUUCGGAACUUGUUUUUACAUGUGUGCCAUUUACUCAUCCUUCAAAUGACUGUGAUUUAACGAUAUGUGUCCAGGAGUCACUUUGAAAUAGUGGCCCAAAAGGGAAGUUGUGCUUGUACUAGUUGUCAGCAUACCUCUAUUUGAUUGGCUUUAAAUGGUUUAGGAAUACUCAGGGAGGAGCACCCCCUAUCUUUCCCAAAUCUUGGAGAGAUCAUGGUCCAAGCAUUGAUGGUGAAACGAAAGUCUUACUUUUACCACCUGCCUGAUUCUCUACCUAUCAAGAGCGCUUUAGAGGGGUUGAGAGGAUCUUGGUUUCUUUUCAUGGAUGCCAUUCUUAUGGAGUUACCUGAGGUCUCAAAAGGUAAUGUGAUUAGUGACACAGUGAGAGGUACUCUACAUGAUAUGGGAAAAAGCAAUGUGACUGUACAGUUCCAUGAAUCCAAUGUAUCUGAAAAAUCUGAAAAGCAUAGUGCAUUGAGGAAUCAAAAAGCUGGAAAAAGGCCGAGACAUCAGCAUAACGGUGAACAUGUCCAAAUAGAAGGAAACAAUGUAUUACUCUGUAAGAGAUUGGAUAACACUAGAAAGAGAAGAAAGAAUGAAAAUAAGAGGUGUGCUUCUAUGGAGCUCGAAACAAUAGUUGCUACUCCAAGCAGGUGCUGUGACUCUUUGGUCAUAAAUGGGGAGAAUCGAAGUUCAAUCUUGGAAGAAUCAUCAAACAAAGUCGUCAAUUUUGAGAGCACAUAUUUUACUUCUCCAACAGUAAAUAGCCAAAGUCGAUUAGAUAGUAUAGAUUAUUCCCAAAAUUCCAUACAAAACAAUUAUCACGGAAAUCAUAGGAGUGUCUUGGAGAAGCAAGGAAGAUUUAAGCAAGGUCUAAAGGUAUGCAGCUGUGGAGAGUCAAACUAUGAAGAUACCACUGCAGAGAAGCGAGACAUAUCUGAAGCUUCAAGUGCAAGCACAUCAGGAAAAAUAUCUGUUUCAGGCAUAAUCAAUAAAUACUUUCCAUGUUCUGAGGAAUAUAUGGGCGGUAGCCACAAGAAAGCAUGUGGUGUUUCUUUGUCUGAGAAGUCUACUGAUAGAAAAUGGGGCUUUUACAGCACCCAGUCUUUACAGAAUUGCCCUCUUUCUACAGUUAAAUGUAAAGGUGGCUUAAAGUCAUUGGAGAGAGAACCUGGGAAAAGUGACGUAGGGAAACGGCUUCUUCUAGCGACCAAUGGCAUGGUUGCUUCGAGCAAAUAUUCCCCCAUAAGAAAAUUCAGGGUACUUCUUGGACAACUCUAAAGGUGGAAUACAUUUUUGCAGUUAAUUAUAAUGGCUUACUGCUUAGAAACAUAAGUUAUGAGAUUCAGAAGUUUGAUGAUGGAGAAAAUCAGUGUGGCACUCUAUAUAAAGGUUUUUGAACGGGGCCCACCUUUAGUUUCUCAACAAAGGGCUUCAGGUGAGGAGAUCAAAUAGAAGCAGACAUGACCAUGAGAUAGUGGGGUUCAUUCAUUGCUUCUGACGUAAGAAUUUGUCUCUCUAAUUUGAAUCUUGGACAAAUUUCUUAUUCCCCUAUAAGAAAACUCAGGUACUCCUUGAGCAACUCUAAAGGUGAAAACGAUUUGCACAGUUAAUUAUCAUGUACUUAUGGCUUGAAAAUGUAAAUGAUAAGAUUCAGGAGUUUGAUGAUGAAGAUAUCAGCGUGGCACUCUUUGUAGAGGUUUUGGGAUGGGCCCUACAUUGAUGUUUCUCAAAAAAUGCUUUCUGUAAGAGAUCACAUAGAAGCAGAUAUGACCAUAGGAUGGUACGAUUCGUUCAUCACUUCGUACUGAAGAAUCUGUUUCUCUCUAAUUUGUUUGAAGCAUGCCCACAAGUGAGCAGUUAUGACACAGAGAGAGACUGUCUUUUUUUGGAUUUAUUGGAAUGACAGACUCUGCAGUGGCUGAGGCCAGUAUGCUGUUGGAAGGUCUAGUUGAAUCUCACAAGCACAUGAUGUACUAUGUUACUUUCAUUGCAAUUACUCUAGAUGCACGUAGAUUUAUUUGUAGAAAAUAAAUCUGAAGUAUUUUAGUACUUCAAAGAAAUGCUUUUUGAGAAUGAGUUCAAUACAAGAAUCAAGAAAUUCAGGAUAGAUAAUGUCGGAAGAAUUUGAUGACUUCUUGAAAAAAGUAGGAUUAGGAGGCAACUGACAUCUGUUGGUACACCUCAACACGAUUGACGGGAUUGUACACCUCAACACGAUUGAUGGGAUUGUUGAAUGGAAAAAUAGGUACUUUGUGGAUGCCAAUUGUGCAAAUGAUGAACAGAUAAAAUAUGCCUAGAGUAUAUUGGGCCGAAGCAAUACACACUAUGGCAUAUUUAAUCGAUCGCAGGUCUCUUAGAGAUGAA